AUGUCUAAGAGCCAUGUUGCCCGACGACCUUUCCAUGCAACCAACUCCUUGUCCUCGAGCAACAAGGACCCUUACAAGGUCCUCGGCGUCGAAAAGAGUGCUUCGGCCUCGGAAAUCAAGAAGGCGUAUUACGGACUAGCCAAGAAAUUCCAUCCAGAUACGAAUAAAGACCCGACCGCAAAAGAUCGUUUCGCCGAAAUCCAAUCCGCCUACGAAGUUUUGUCCGACCCCAAGAAGAAGGAGCAGUACGACCAGUUCGGCGCCGCUGGAUUCCAUCCCGGUGGCGGUCCUAGCCCCGGCGGCGAUCCCUUCGGAGGAGCUAAUCCGUUCGCCGGAUUUGGCGGCCACCCUGGUUUCGGCGGUGGUUUCAACUUCGAGGACAUAUUUUCAGCAUUCGGAGGGGCUAGGGGCAACCCAUUUGGUCGUCAAUCGGGCCGGAAUCCGUUCCACCAGGAGAUCCUGGUGGGAGAUAACAUCGAGGUACAAGCGCAUAUAUCGUUCAUGGAAGCUGCACAGGGUACUCGAAAGAAGGUUACGAUAUCGCCCUAUGUCACAUGUGGCACAUGUUCAGGAAAUGGUUUGAAGGUCGGAACCCAGCGCUCCUCGUGCAAGGUGUGUGGAGGGACCGGCACAAGGGUUCACUUCGCGCAGGGCGGAUUCCAGAUGGCGUCGACCUGCGGUGCCUGUGGUGGUACGGGCUCGACGAUACCCAGAGGAUCGGAAUGCAGGACGUGCUCUGGAGAUGGUGUUGUGAGGCAGAGGCAGACGAUCAACGUUGAUAUCCCCGCGGGUGUGGAGGAUGGCAUGCGCCUCAGAAUUGAUGGUGCCGGUGAUGCACCUCCGACUGGCCAGGUGGCGGAUGGGGAGGUCCGGGCUAAGCGAGGUGACCUAUACGUCUUCAUCAGGGUUGCUUCCGAUCCUAAGUUCCGCCGAGCCGGCUCGGACAUUCUUUACACAGCAACGAUUCCUCUGACCACCGCGAUUCUCGGUGGUGAAGUUGCCAUUCCCACUCUCACGGGUGAGGUCCACGUCAAGGUCGCUACGGGUACGAACACGGGAGACAGAAUAACGUUGUCGGGUAUGGGCAUGAAGAAGUUGAGCGGAAGGGGUGGAUACGGCGACCUGAAGGUUGAAUACAAGGUCAACAUGCCUAAGUACCUGUCCGGGAACCAGCGUGUCUUGGCGGAGAUGCUCGCGGACGAGAUGAGCGACAAAACGGCAAAGCGGAUCAUGAACGUCUCGAUCUCCGAUGACCCUGCGGCGCACAAGAACGAAGGAUGGAUGAAGUCCAUUUGGCAUACCUUGACGAAUCACCCGGCCCACCAGAAGCAACCUUCUGACUCCGAGAACAAGCCUGACAGCGACAACAAGGAUUCGUCGUCGACGCCUCCCAAGGAAGAAAAUAACCAGAAGAAAGAAUCCGGAUCCGGGUCUGCGUGA